CCUACCUGGUUAAUGUAGCCUAUGGAUGUAGCCCACAGUAAGAACCAAGUCAUGCCCCUUCAGAAAGAGAAACUAGUGUGGGAUAUUGGGAUGAUGUAUUCACGCUUCAGUACUGUAUUGCAGAGCAGAGGUCAAUAGAGGUUUUGUAUGUGCUGACAAAGCACAUUUCCCUCAGGAAAGAACUGACUUUCAUUCAUAUUCUCAUUAUAAGGAAGGACAGCUCAUGCAGAAAUUAAAAAGAAAAAGCACAUGCUUCCUGAAUCCUGCUCUAGUGAAAUGUAUUUAGGGGAUUUAAGUGUGCACACAUAUUUUAUACUGAACCACGUGGAACCCUAACCACACAUCACAAUGCUCUCCUGUCCAUCUUAGACCAAAGUGGGAAUGAGUUCCCCCAUACCACUGCUGAUGUCACGGGACUUGUGACCAGGUCAUUAGCUGAUUUCUGGAUUGCGUCACCACUACAUUGGUAGUGACAUCAGUCACCAUUCCACAGAAAACAGGGCCUUCCAUUCAGCAGUCUAGUGCUUACCUUAACUGACUAUACAUUCUCAAACACACCGAUCAUCAAAAAAAAUAUGAGACUGAUAGGUGAUCAGUUCCUCUUCCUUGUCAGGAUUCACUUCUGUUCCACUGAUCUAUAAAUACUGCCUGGGUCCACCUGACAAUACUACAGCCAGGAGAAACACUCUGUUCACAUCUCAUUAUCAAGAUGAACAUGUUACUACACCAUGUCCUGUGUCUCAUCCUUCACGUGGUAUCAAGCAGCCAGUAUGGGACAGAGACCAUCGAGACUCUCAUGCCAAAUGUGAAGGUGGUGAAGGUGGAUCUGAGGAUCUUCACUGAGACGCAGGUCCCUCUGCUCUGUGGGGACUCCUAUCAGGACACAGAGGUGAUCUGGAUGAAGGACAGUGAGCGUGAAGGACAAGGGAACCAGAUCCAGGUGAAAGUUGAGGAGAUGAUGGGAGCGAACUACAGCUGCCACAAUGCUGCUGGAGACUACCUCAACCACACUCUGGUGCUGGUGCAGGACAUACCAUCGCCCAACAGAACGAGACGCAUCCUGGAGAAGUCACAUGAUGCAGAUGAGAAUGAGUACAUAAGAUGUUUGGCAAAAAAUUACAAUGGAACAUUUCAUUGCUUUUGGAAGAAGACCACCUAUCGGACGUCAGCUGUUGUUGCUCUGGUCCAAGUAGGACAGUUCUCUGGCAGAAACUUCUCCUGCUCCGUUCACAGUGAUGGUGCAGGUUUGACCUGUGAGGACCUGGACAGCUGUUCCUUUGCUGAGGAGGUGUCUCGUAUCGACCUGACCGUCUACUUCAGGAGCAACUACCUCCUAGAGGACUACACCGUUACACCGUUCUACAUACGAGAAAUAGUGGAGACAGACAAGAUCCACAUCACCAAGGUGGAGGGGAACACCUUUCAAUGGGGGUACCCUGCCACGUGGAGCCUCCCAUGCUCUUACUACCCCCUCACAUUCCAGGUCAAAGUGGUGCACGCCAGGGAAAGCUGUGACUCUGAAAAACAGCUCCUUCUAAAGGAAACCAAAGAAACGAAGUUAACCGUCGUUCACAGCUCCAAGAGGUAUCGUUUCUGCCUGCGGGCGAAGGAUGAACUGGUUGACCGUCCCUGGUGUCAGUGGACCGAUUACGAGGUAAAGCAUCACCAUAAGAAACAUUGACAGUAAAAAGGAAAACCCACCCAGAUGACAGACAACAUACCAUCACUCAGCUUCAACCAUCACAUCCAAAUACGUCUCGUCACUGAACAGAGAUUUUGUUUUACAUUAUACCGAAGAGUAUAAAAUGCAAUGUAGUAUAUUAUGAUUGUUGUAAUUCGAAUGUAAGGAAAGUUAUUUAUUAAUUUGCAAUAGUUCUGAAAUGUAACCAUGAUUUAUGUUAUUUAUCUUGUAUGUUUCAUUACUGUAGCGUGAAUAUUUGUCUAAAUAAUGAAAUAGAUACAAAAAAAAUAAAAGCCCAUCACUCAGAUACAUGCCCCUGCUCAUUUGUUAGCCAUACAUCUGAAUCUGCAAAUCGUCAUUUGUAUAUUUUUUUUAAAUGAUCACUUUAAGGCACUAGAAUUAGUUUAUUUUUUAUAAUGGUUACACUAAUGUAACUGACUGUAUAAUAAUCAGACUGGUAAAAGGAGCUUUUGUAGAAAACAUUUUAAUUUACAGUUGGGGAUAUGUUCACAGCAGUGUCCACUUGUUAAAACAUGAUUUAUGUCAGACAACAUGAACAUCACAUUAGUUGUGUCCUGUUGUGUAAAAGAUGAGGAAGCCACGUUAUUUGUAAAAGAUGAGGAAGCCACGUUAUUGUGAAGAAAACUGAGGUAACAAUAUGACAAAACCGACAACUAAACCAAUAAUAGGUUGAGUCUGUUAGAUGACAAUGUAAUGUAAAUGUAGAGCGGCUUCACUGCAGGUGGGUUGUACGUUUUAACAUUCAAAUAUAACAUAUAGAAACAAUAAAAACAUGUUUUAAGUGCUGAUGCUUAAACAACAGACAUGAUUUAGUAUUGUCAGUCAUCCACGUGUGUAUUUCAGUGUCUGGGAUGCAAGGGUAGAUAUACACAGCUUGUUAAAUGUCAUUGUAAAUAACAAUUUGUUCUUAACUGACAUGUCUAGUUAAAUAAAGGUUGAAUAAAUGAUAGUACCUUCAUUUAACAACUGAAAGCAUAUUUAUACAUUCACCUUUGAUACCCAACAAGAAGGUAACAAAACAUUGUUUACAAGAAAACAAAGUUGUAAGGAAGUCUGUGUAAAAUAAAUAUUUGACAAUCCAAAACAGAUAGUUUAAAAUAUUAUGUAAACCCCGACAUGUAUUGGUUUCCUCUGAUAGCAGUUGAUCUUCAGCUUAUUGCAUAACUCUGCAAGAUGGCGUGAGAGAAUGAACGCUCUAGUGUUACUGCCAAAUGGAUAAAGCAAAUGGAAGCAAAUAUUGAAUUGCUGUUCCUUUCAAAAGAGAAAACUAGUAAGGGAUAAAAAGCUGUCUGACUCGAUGCUCUGAACCAUAUCCCUUCUUCCAACUGAAAAUAUACAAUUCUAUUUACAAAUAAACCUCAUAACACCGGAGAACUCUGAUCUGACUUUAGUGUCUAGCGCUUGGGCUGAGUCUGCCAAACAAUGCCUUUAAUUGCCCCCCCCCCCCCCCC